UCAAGACUGCGUCCAUCACAUCACAAUUUCCGGAAACGGAGUAAACAUUUUCUUAGGACUAUUAAGUUCGAGAGACGAGGAUGUUAAACAUUCUCACAAACUUAUCACAUAUUUUUGUGUUGUGUAAAAAUAGAAAAUCUGACCAUUUAUGUCUUAAUUAAUCAAGAGUUAUAUUUUCAGCCACACAAUAGAAGCGUUUAACCGGAAGUGUGUCUUGUUGUAAAACUCCAGACUUAACUGUUAAACUGUUAACAGACGUGGAGUUUAUACCGCCAGGCAGUGUGGAUUUAAUGACAGCAACAAUUUAAAGCGAAAGAUGGUAUAGAUUACCACUGUGGCUUUUUGUUUUAUGCUGCAGCAACCAAGGCAUUACAAAGUUGUAUGUUCGUCUAAAAUGAUGGUGACUUAUUUUUACCUCAGUGUUAAAAGUCGGAGCUCACUCGUCGAUCGCGUGAAGGAAACAUCCCAUUAUUUAGUGUAGGAACGUGAUUUGAGCUGUCAGGAGGUCAAUCAAAAUGCUUCCAAACGUGUCACCAAUCCCAGUCGUCCCACUGGUUAUCAACUGUCUCAUGUCAGUCCUCGGCUGCAUGGCUACACUCAAACUCAUUCCUGCUUUCAAACAUCACUUCAUCUCAGCUCGCCUGUACGGAAUAGAUCUUAACAAAGAAUCCAAAAAAGAAGUUCCAGAGUCACAAGGAGUCAUCAGUGGGACAGUCUUCCUCAUCAUCCUGUUCUGCUUCAUCCCAGUACCUUUCCUCAGCUGCUUUGUGGGUGAUAAAUGCAUGGGCUUUCCACACGAUGAGUUUGUCCAGCUGAUUGGUGCACUUCUGGCCAUCUGUUGCAUGAUCUUCUUGGGGUUUGCUGACGAUGUGUUGAACCUGCGGUGGAGACACAAGCUCCUUCUGCCCACCAUGGCUUCACUUCCGCUGCUCAUGGUCUACUUUACCAACUUUGGCAACACAGUCAUUGUGGUGCCCAAGCCCUUCAGAGCCGUGCUUGGACUGCACCUGGAUCUAGGUAUCCUGUACUAUGCCUACAUGGGGAUGCUUGCAGUGUUCUGCACAAAUGCCAUCAACAUCUUAGCAGGCAUCAAUGGUAUCGAAUCAGGUCAAGCCUUGUUCAUCUCUGGCUCCAUCAUCGUCUUCAACCUGCUGGAGCUCAGUGGGGAUUACCGCGUUGACCAUGUUUUCUCCCUCUACUUCAUGAUACCAUUCUUCUUCACCACAUUGGCUCUAUUUUACCACAACUGGUACCCUUCAUCUGUGUUUGUGGGAGACACUUUCUGCUACUUUGCCGGGAUGACCUUCGCUGUAGUCGGCAUCCUGGGACACUUCAGCAAAACAAUGCUGCUGUUCUUCAUUCCUCAAGUAGUCAACUUUGUCUAUUCUUUGCCACAGCUUUUUCAUAUAAUUCCCUGCCCAAGGCACCGCCUCCCCAGACUGCAUCCAGAUACUGGCAAACUGGGGAUGAGCUACUCUAAAUUUAAAAUAAAACAACUCUCAAAACUGGGACACCUCAUUCUGAAGGUGGCAGAGUCACUGAAGCUGCUUGAGGUGCGACAGUGUCAGGAAAAAGAUGAUGACUUUAUAGAGUGCAACAAUAUGACUUUAAUAAAUCUGGUACUUAAACUACUUGGGCCAACACAUGAGAGAACCCUCACAGUUAUUAUGCUCAUCAUACAGGUGAUUGGCAGCGCUGCAGCGUUUGGGAUACGUUAUCAUCUGGUGCGUCUCUUCUACGAUGUGUAGAAAGCUCUCUUGGAAACAGGGAAAGGGAGCUGACUGAGAACGCCCAACAUUGUUGCAGAUUCAUUUGAAAGGCUUGUGGUUCAUUGGCCUUUGAGUAGAUUCUAUGAUGUCAAUGCUACUGUUCUGUCUGACGGCUCUCUCUGCAGUAAAGGCCCAGUGUGACCUUAAAAAAAAAAUUUAAUGCAUAUAUCGAAAAAUACCUAUUACUGGUCUGACAUCAGCAGCAGGCCUGACUCUCCGAAUCACAGACAGGAAAUGCAGCUGUGUCUUUAAUAUCUUGUCUGUACAUUUUGAAAGUAUAAUCUUGUACUUUUUAAAGGAAAGUGCAUCAAGAACACUGAAUUUUCUUCAUUGCAGACAAAACCUUUGGCUACAUUUCUCCAGCUUUUUUGACAAUUUAAUAGCAAAAGCCAAAAGCCCUAUUUGAAAAUAUUCAUACAGUGGUGCAUUGUGCGAUCCUGCACCUGAUGCAGAAACGGCAUUCACUUGCACUUCCAUGAUUACAAUUCCAUGGAGUAUGGUGGGAAAAAUUAUGAUUAUCUAGCCAUAUUUUAUGUUUGCUCUGUCUCUGAUAGGUCAGGAGGGUGUUUUCAGGCUGAGGGCUAUCAGUGAAUGGGUGAACAUGUGUGAAUACAAGGGAAGGGAUGAGGUGAGACGCUGGUGGCUGGACUACAGCACAAGUGGAGUUUUACGGAGGAUGAGGGGUGUCCUAUUAUAAUACUUUUUAGCAGACAUCACAAUCAUGAAUUUAUCUGGCACUGGACUCUCGGAAUGUAACUACAAGUGAGACACUGUUUAUACUUUAUGCAAACAUUCAGAAAUUAAAUUUGAAUAAAAUGA